AUGCCAGGGGCCCGGGGCCUGAAGGGGCCCUCGGGGGAGGCUGGGGCCCCGGGGGAGAAGGGAGACACAGGACCAGCAGGACCAAAGGGUGAGAGAGGAGAGCGAGGGAUGAAGGGAGAGAAGGGCGACCGAGGAGACAGAGGAGAGACCAAAGGUAAAGCUCUCUCUCACUUCAGCAGUGUUUUUCUAACGAUCAGUGUAUUAUGA